UGAGAAGACAGAAACAACCCACCCCCAUGACCCGCUGCGGCGAUUGCUGCUUUUGAGGCAUGCUCUACCCUCCUUACAGAGCCAGUCCAAGGCUUCCCUGCUGAAAUGACAUCGUUUGGCCAUGCAGACCCUGCCUGCCCGCCCGCCCUGAAGUCUGGGGUGAACACCAAUUGACAAAUCCGCUCCGAGUUCCUAAAUAAGCUUUUUAAUGCGAGAUGAAAAUUGUCUCGGGGCGAGACCAAAACUGAGGAACAAACUCCCAAAAGGCCCAUCGUAAUCCUCAUUUCUGGAGCCUAAAGUUCAAGGCAGCAAUCUCGAAUCCUGUCCUCGCUAAUCUAAACACACAAUGAAAAUAAUGCCAAACCGUUAACAAAACGCCGCGCUGCGUGACCACAGUGGAUGCCCCAGGAGCGAGCGGCGCAGGGCAGAUGCUCGUCACGCCGCUCAGCGCCGAGGCAGAAAGACAGCACUGCAGCAUCUCCCCCGGCCGGAGGGCUGGCGUACACCCACGGAGAAGUUCCCCCUUCGCCCCACGGCGACCGCAGUCCCGUGUGUCCCCCCCCACCCUCGCCUCAGCCCGCCGGCAGCCGCGGCCCCGCACUAGCCUCACAGCCGUGAGGCGGCUGAGGGAAACGGGGCGAGGGGAGAGCGCCAGGCCUCCCGCCGCCCCUUCCCCCUUCCCCAACAGCGGCAGCGGCUCGGCCACAGCCCCGCAACGGCCGUUACCGCCCGCCUUCGGCGGGAAAGGAGAGGAUUCCCCGCACACACGCACGCACGCACCGCGGGAGCGUUACCUCAGCGGGCCCGCGCCUUUGUGCUUCAGUCCAUCCCUCCUCGCCGGCGGCGGGAGCCCCAGCACCACCGCGGCGAGCGGGCGGGCGGGCGGGGAAGGGGCGGCGCACUAUGUGGCAGGAAGGGACACCUGGGCUCCUCCCCCCGCGCCCGCCCGCCCGCUGCGGCUCACUAUCUGGCAGCGAGCGGGGAGUCGCCUGCCUCCCUUCCCCCGCCGCCCCUCGGCCAAGUUGGAAGCCGGGGGAGGGUGA